GCCAUCUUGGAAGAAAAAAAAAUUCAGAUGGAUUAUUUGCGGAAGUAUUUGUCGACUCCCGACCAGGGGCAACGUCCCAGUGGAGCGGAUACGGUUGAGAGAUUGUGUAAUCGUGUCACAUCGUCAACGCUUCUAGAUGACAGGCGAGAUGCUGUGCGGGCGCUCAAAUCACUCUCAAGAAAAUUCCGACUGGAGGUGGGCACGCAAGGAAUGGCGAUUCUGAUCAAUGUGUUACAACUUGACCGCAAUGACACAGAGAUUACUGGAUACGCCCUCGAUACCCUGGCCAACAUAAUGUCUAAUGAACCCUCUGAGGAUGAAGAUGAAAUGCAGCUUAACCUCCCCGAAGAUAUAGGGAGCCAGUUCACAGAGAUGUUCAUCAAAGACCCUGAAAAUGUCUCCCUGCUUCUCUCUUUGCUAGAGGAAUAUGACUUCCACGUUCGAUGGCCAACUGUUAAGCUGCUUACAGUUUUAUUGACCAAUAAGAGCAGAGAGAUGCAGGAAUGCAUCUUGGUGAGUCCGAUGGGAGUCUCCAAACUGAUGGAUUUACUCUCAGAUAGUCGGGAAAUCAUUCGCAAUGAUGGCCUGUUGCUUCUGAUCCAGUUGACAAAGAACAAUGCUAACAUUCAGAAGAUCGUUGCAUUUGAGAGUGCUUUUGAGAGAUCCCUGGAUAUCAUCAGAGAAGAGGGAAAUAGUGAUGGAGGUAUUGUUGUUGAAGACUGCUUGCUGUUAAUUAUCAACCUGUUAAAGAACAAUUCUUCAAACCAGAUUUUCUUCAAGGAGGGUGGAUUUGUACAGAGAUUGACUCCAUUUUUCACCCUCCAGCCAGCAGAUCAAAACCCACAAGGAGGGUGGUCUGCACAGAAAGUCACCAACAUACACCUGAUGUUACAGGCUGUUCGUACUUUGGUUUCACCCAGCAGCCCUGCACAACAAACCCAGUCAUGCCAGAAGUCCAUGUACCAAUGUGGUCUGCUACAGGAGUUAUGUUCCAUACUUAUGGCUACUGGGGUACCUGCAGAUGUCCUUACAGAGACAAUCAACACAGUGUCUGAAGUGAUUCGUGGUAACCCUGGCAACCAGGAGUAUUUUGCCUCAGUCAUGGCUCCUAGCAACCCACCAAGACCAGCCAUUGUGGUGCUCCUUAUGUCAAUGGUGAAUGAGAAACAACCUUUUCCCCUUAGAUGUGCAGUACUUUACUGCUUCCAGUCUUUCCUAUACAAGAAUGAACUGGGACAGUCCCAGAUAGUUCAGACCCUUCUGCCGACAUCUGCUGAUGCCAACACCAUAUCAGCAGGGCAGUUGCUAUGUGGCGGGUUAUUCAGUACAGAUACCCUCUCAACCUGGUUUGCAGCAGUGGCACUUCUACACUCUAUAGUGGACAAUACCACCCAGAAAGAACAGCUAUUAAGGGUCCAGUUAGCAACCAGUCUUGGUAACCCACCAGUCUCCCUAUUACAACAGUGCACUAAUAUUCUUGCGCAGGGUGCAAAGUUGCAGACCAGGGUGGGGUUACUGAUGCUUUUGUGUAACUGGGUCGCUCAUUCUACAGUAGGCGUUACACAUUUACUACACCAUGCCAAUAAUGUGCCUUUCCUGAUCUCCCAGAUCUCUGCCUCUGAGGGUGACGAACAUGAACUGCUAGUCCAGGGACUUUGUGCUUUCCUUUUAGGCAUCUGUGUACACUUUAAUAAUGACCAGGAGCCAAAUUAUACCAAGCAAGCAUUACGACAAAUAAUAGAGAAACGUAUUGGAAUUGAAAACUUUAACGAUAAACUAAGUCAAGUUACGAAACACGAAGGAUAUUCCAAAGCUGCCAAGAAACCACAGUUAAAUCUCAAAUCACAGAAUGAAGUCUUAUUCGACCAUGCUUUCACCAGACUGUUUAAAUCUUUAGAAAAUGAUAUAUUGAAGUCUGUACUAGAAGUCCAGGAGAAUGGUGAAGUUCAGUCUGCCAAUGUUGAAGAGCACGAUAAGGUUGUUAUGCAGUAUAAAGAAGUUAUUAGAAGUCAGGAUGAAGAAUUAGGGUCUAUACGUCAAGAAUUGCUGGAACUCAAAAAUAAAUAUUCCGCAGCAGAAAAGCAAUUGGAAGAAUUCCAGCAGACGGUACAGCAACUAAAAGACCAGAAUGCAUUGCUCAAGGUUGGCAGAGGUCAAGGCCAGGACAACAAUGGUGCUGAAUUAUUGAAACUGAAACAGGAAGUAGAAGCGCAUCAAAAAGAUUUAGAAGAGAAAAAUACAGCCAUAGAAAAAUUAAAAAAUGAUUUAACAAUAGCAGAAGCCAAAACUCUAGUAGCAGUAAGCUCUGAAGAAAAUGGAGAACCAGUUCCUGGUGAGGCUGCCAUUUUGCAAGCAACAGUCAACCGUGUGACGCAAGAGUUAGAAGAAAUGAAGGUUUCCAUAGCAAAUAAAGACCAAGACAUUCUGCAAUAUAAAAAUAAAUUUGAAGAAUCUGAACGGCAAAUAGGAGAAUUGAAGCAAAUACCACCCCAAACAGCUACCACAGUUGAUGAUUCCCGCGUGGCAGAACUCCAGGCACGUCUUCAAGGGCUAGAGGGGGAUAACAAAACUGUGACAAAUGAGAAAAACACUUUACAAGAACGAUUAAAAAAAUCAAAUGAAGAUAAUCUGAAACUAGAAGACCAGAUAAAGAAAUUAGAGGAAGAAAAUAGGAGAAUAUUAGAAGAAAAAUCAGAAGCAGAGGAAGAAACAAAAUCUUUAAAAACUGAACAAGAUGACCUAUUAGUACUAUUAGCUGACCAGGAUACAAAAUUAGAUACAUAUAAAACUAAACUCAAAGAACUUGGAGUACAGGUUGAGUCUGAUGACGAAGACCUGGGAGAUGAUGACCUAGAUGAUAUAAGUGGCGAUGAGAAUGAACUAGAUAGCUAA